GGGCUGGGGGCAUCUAUGGGAACCUCUCGUCGGCUCCCACAGCCCUGCCGUGAGGUGACACCCCUCCAUGCAAGUCUGAGCCCUCCCAGCUCCAGAGCAGAUGGCUUCUCCCUUAAUCCUCCCUCCGGAUUUCCCGUCCACAAGCCAGGAUCAGGCCGGACAGUUCCCCCACAGCCGGCAGGGCCUGAUGCUGAUGGCCACUGGGUGCCAGCCUCAAGAUGGUGGCACGUUCUCAAGGCUGGCAGGGGGGCCUUCUCGGUGGUGCGGCGCUGUGUCAAACUCUGCAGUGGCCAUGAGUACGCAGCCAAGAUUAUCAACACCAAGAAGCUGUCUGCGAGAGAUCAUCAGAAGCUGGAGCGUGAGGCCCGGAUUUGCCGUCUCCUAAAGCAUUCCAACAUCGUGCGUCUCCACGACAGCAUAUCCGAGGAGGGCUUCCACUACCUCGUCUUCGACCUGGUCACCGGUGGGGAGCUCUUUGAGGACAUCGUUGCCCGGGAAUACUACAGUGAAGCCGAUGCCAGUCAUUGCAUCCAGCAGAUCCUGGAGGCUGUUCUCCAUUGCCACCAAAUGGGGGUCGUCCACAGGGACCUCAAGCCGGAGAACCUGCUUCUGGCCAGCAAGUGCAAGGGGGCGGCAGUGAAGCUGGCAGACUUUGGGUUGGCCAUCGAGGUGCAGGGGGAUCAGCAGGCCUGGUUCGGGUUCGCAGGCACCCCUGGCUACCUCUCCCCUGAAGUGCUGCGUAAAGAAGCCUACGGAAAACCCGUGGACAUCUGGGCAUGUGGCGUGAUCCUGUAUAUUCUGCUGGUGGGCUACCCACCCUUCUGGGAUGAAGACCAGCACAAGCUGUACCAGCAGAUCAAAGCCGGCGCCUACGAUUUCCCAUCCCCCGAGUGGGACACGGUCACCCCAGAAGCCAAGAACCUCAUCAACCAGAUGCUCACCAUCAACCCGGCCAAACGCAUCACAGCCCAUGAAGCUCUGAAGCACCCAUGGGUCUGCCAACGCUCGACCGUGGCCUCCAUGAUGCACAGGCAGGAGACUGUAGAGUGUCUGAAGAAGUUCAAUGCCCGGAGGAAGCUCAAGGGCGCCAUCCUCACCACCAUGCUGGCCACACGCAACUUCUCAGUGGGCAGACAGACCACCGCGCCCGCCACCAUGUCGGCAGCAGCUUCCGGUGCCACCAUGGGGUUGGUGGAACAAGCAGCUAAGAGCUUGCUGAACAAGAAAGCCGACGGAGUCAAGCCACAGACGAACAGCACCAAAGGCAGUGCCGGCGUCACCAGCCCGAAGGGGACGCUCCCACCUGCAGCACUGGAGCCUCAAACCACCGUUAUCCAUAACCCCGUGGACGGCAUUAAGGAGUCAUCGGACAGCACCAACACCACCAUUGAAGACGAGGACACCAAAGCCAAGGGCCCCAACAUUGAGAGCCCGAUGGAGCUGGGACCCACUACCGAGGUGCCCAGCCCUCCUCCUCCAGCUCCCGCUGUUGCUGCCGCUGCCGCUGCUGUGUCCACCCGGUUCUCUGACCUUUUAAGCACUGUGAAAAGGAGCUCAGGCUCCCCAGACACCGAGGGGCCACAGCCGGCCACCAGCCAGCCCUGCCCGACUCCGGCUGCCACCAACCCACUGUCUCCCCAGUCAGCCCGGUUCUCUGACCUUUUAAGCACUGUGAAAAGGGGCGCAGGCUCCCCAGACGCCGAGGGGCCUCCCCCCGCUGCCAGCCAGCCCUGUCUGCCUCCGGCUGCCACCAACCCUCCAGCUCUCCAGUCAAGGAAGCAGGAGAUCAUCAAGAUCACAGAGCAGCUGAUUGAGGCAGUGAAUAACGGAGACUUUGAGGCCUACGCAAAGAUCUGUGACCCAGGUCUCACCUCAUUCGAGCCUGAAGCCCUGGGCAACCUGGUUGAGGGCAUGGACUUCCACAGAUUCUACUUCGAGAACUUGUUAUCCAAAAACAACAAGCCCAUCCACACAACCAUCCUGAACCCGCACGUGCACGUUAUUGGGGACGACGCAGCCUGCAUCGCUUACAUCCGCCUGACACAGUACAUCGACGGCCAGGGCCGACCCCGCACCAGCCAGUCUGAGGAAACUCGUGUGUGGCACCGCCGCGACGGCAAGUGGCAGAACGUCCACUUCCACUGCUCGGGGGCACCCGUGGCACCACUCCAGUGAAGAGCUCACGCCGACUGUUGUGGUUUCAUCCCCGACGGAGACGGUGUUUCGCGCCGAGCCGCUAGCCAGGAGCAGCAGUGGCCAGCACGCGCCCGCAUGCUCGUGUCCCCCUCCCCCCACCCCUCCCAUCUCCAGUGCCUGUGUUUGCAGAAAAAAAAAAAAAGGGAAAAAAAAACCUAAGGAUCUUAAAAAAAAAAAUCUAAAAAAGUACAAAAAAAAAAAAAAUUAAAAAAAAACCACCCCAGGCCAGACGUGACCUUUCCAGUGGCUCCAUCCCAGCCGAGCGUCCCCUUCCCGUCCUGUCCCCAUGUCCGUCUGUCCUGGUGACUAGGUGUUGCGACCCGAACGUAUGAAAGGGGAGAAGGACACCAGCGAUCGUGGACCAGACCGAAGCCCGAGGGGGGAUGUCCCAAGGCUCCGUGGCUGCCGCACCCUGUGUCUACCUCCCCCUCCCCCGUCCCAACAUGCCCCAUGUGGAACAAUGGUCUAGUUCGUUAGGUGAUUUACAAACAAAAGAAAAACAAAAAAAGCCUGAAAAAAAAUCGCCCACCCACCCCCAAGGCGACUUGCAUUCUCUGCCAAAGCAUGGGCCUGCUCCCGUGGUCGUGUGCGCUUCAACCAUUCGUUCUCUGGAGGACUCGUGGCCCCCCCGCCCCUGCGGACGCUCAGGCCCCCUCUUUUCUUUGCCCUUCUACUUGUGCUUGUGGAUUAUUAUGAUGAUGAUGGUUGUUA